AAUAUCAUAUUUUCACCAUUUUCAAUACAAACCUGUUUGGCAAUGGUACGUAUGGGAGCUGAUGGCCAAACGGCUGCGGAAAUUGAUGACGGCUUGGGAUUUACUGGUCAACCCAUGGAAAAAGUGGCAGACAAUUACCACUCCCUUUUGGCGAAAUACGAAGAUGGCAAAACAUUAAAAAUUGCCAAUAAAAUUUAUGUUGCCAAAAAUUAUCAACUGGAAAACAAUUACAACGACAUAGUGGCGAACAAUUUCUUUUCAUCACUGGAAAAUGUGGAUUUUUCCGAAAGUGAAAAGACAGCAAAAUUAAUGAACGACUGGGUUGAAACUAAAACCGAUAAGGCAAUUCAUGACAUCAUCAAUCCGCAAGCGCUUAGCAAUGAUACCCGUCUUAUGUUACUCAGUGCAAUUUAUUUCAAAGGCAAUUGGGAUAAACCAUUCGAUGUGAAAAAUACCAAGGAAGCUGAUUUUUAUAUUGAUGAUCAGAAAAGCGUUAAAGUGCAAAUGAUGUACAAGGCAGGAAUGAUGCCAUUUAGAGAUAUUCAAGAAUUGGAUGCCUGUGCCAUACGUCUGCCAUAUAAAGACACUGAUCUUUCUAUGGUUAUUAUUUUACCCAACUCUCGUACAGGUUUGCCAACAUUAAUGGAGAAACUAAAAUCAUUUUCCUUGGCAUCGCUGGAGGGACAAGGGCUGCGCAGGAGAGGUGUGCGUCUUUCUUUGCCCAAGUUUAAGGCCGAGUUUGAAGUUGUUCUCAAUGGACCAUUGAAAAAGCUUGGUAUGAAACAAAUGUUCUCUCAGGCAAACCUAAGUAAAAUGUUGAAAUCCAACGAGCCGCUUCAGGUAUCCGAUGUUGUACACAAAGCCUUCAUAGAUGUCAAUGAAGUGGGAACAACUGCCGCUGGUGUUACACGCAUUGGUAUUAUGACCCGUACCCGACCCGCUGAUUUCAUAGCUGAUCAUCCAUUUUACUAUGCAAUAGUGAACGAAAAUUCGGUUCCACUGUUCCAAGGAACUUUUAUUGGAAAAUAA